CUCAGUCAGUCAGGUCAAAACAAGUCUGCCAGGAGGGAAAAACAAUAGACUGUUAUUUAACAUAUGCAAACUGAACUGUGUUUUGCCAUUUAUAUUGAAGUGUGUGCAGCUGUUUUGCCUCUGACAGAGGAACAACAUUCACAAUCCAAGGUGGUGUGUGUUGCACGUCAAGAUGUUUGCUGUUCAUCUUGUUUCAUCCUUCUUCUCUAAACUCCAGGAGGACCCGACCAAGAAGGUGGACAGGUUUCUGUACACCAUGCAUCUCCAUGACGACCAGCUAAGCGAUAUCUCCGCUUGUUUCCAGGCUGAAAUGAAGAAGGGCCUUUCAGCAGAAAGCAACGCCGCAGCAGCAGUGAAGAUGCUGCCAACACACGUGCACUCCACCCCUGAUGGAUCAGAGAAAGGACAGUUUCUGGUGUUGGAUCUUGGAGGCUCCAAGUUUAAGGUGCUCCAAGUUAAAGUGAGAGAGGGCACGGGGAUCGGGAGAGGGGGAGUGGACAUAGAGGAGAAGAUCUAUCCCAUACCUGAGGAGCUACUCACUGGGAGUGGAAAAGAGCUUUUUGACCACGUGUCAGAGUCUCUGAAGGAUUUCCUGCAUGACAAGAACAUCAGUGUGGAAAAUAAACUUCCUCUGGCCUUCACCUUCUCUUUCCCCUGUGAACAAUCCACCUUAAAUCAGGGAUUAUUGUUGCACUGGAGUAAGAACUUCCGGGCUCGAGGCGUUCAGGGUAAAGACGUGGUCCAGGCCCUCAGAGGGGCUGUUGACAGGACUGGGGGUAUGGAUGUAGAGGUGUUAGCCCUGGUUAACGACACUGUAGCGACCAUGAUGACCUGCGGCUUUGAUGACCGGUACUGUGAAGUAGGACUCAUUGUUGGUAGUGGCACCAGUGCAUGCUAUAUGGAGGAACUGCGUCACAUUGACCUGGUGGAAGGGGAUGAGGGCAGGAUGUGUGUGAACACUGAGUGGGGGGCUUUUGGAGACGAUGGCGCUCUGAAUGAUUACAUCACUGAGUUUGACAGGGAAGUGGACGCAGCCUCCAACAACCCUGGGAAACAAAUUCUGGAGAAGAUGGUCAGUGGGAUGUAUCUGGGUGAGUUAGUGAGGCUGGUUGUAUUGAAGAUGGCAAAACUUGGGUUGCUAUUUGAAGGAAGUGUGUCUGAUGCUCUGAGGACUAAAGGGAAGAUAACCACUGCGCAUGUAGCAGCCAUGGAGGAAUACAAAAACGGUCUGAAGAACACCAGAAAUAUUCUUGUGGAUCUUGAUUUGAGCCCCACACCUGACGACUGCAUUGCGGUCCAACAUGUCAGCACCACAGUGUCCUUCAGGUCCUCAAAUCUGGUGGCUGCAGGACUGGCUGCUAUCCUGACUCGAAUAAGGCAAAACCGACAUUUGAGGACAUUACGAAUCACUGUUGGCGUGGAUGGGACUGUCUACAAGACACAUCCCCGGUAUGCUAAUCGUCUCCAUAAAGUCGUGCAGCGGCUUGUUCCCGAUUGCCAUGUCAGGUUUGUCCUCUCAGAUGGUGGCAGCAGCAAAGGAGCUGCCCUGGUAACAGCAGUCGCAGAAAGACUGGCAUCACAAAGGCAACAGGUGGAUGAGACGCUGUCGCCCCUCAGACUGAGCAGAGAGAAGCUGCUGUUGGUGAAGAAGAGGAUGAGGGGGGCGCUAGAGGCAGGCCUGAAGAGUAAAGGACCCUUUGCUGUCAAAAUGCUGCCUUCUUAUGUGUAUCAAACACCUGAUGGCACAGAGCAUGGAAAGUACCUCGCCUUGGGUCUGGGAAGAACAAACUUCAGAGCGUUGCUGGUGGAUCUUAAUAAAGGUCUGCAACAGAACUCGAGACUCAACCACAAGAUCUACCCAAUACCAGUGGAGAUAACGCAGGGAAGUGGAGAAGAGUUGUUUGAUCAUAUAGCGCAGUGUGUCGGUGACUUCCUGGACUACAUGGGGAUGAAGGGCGCUCGUCUUCCUGCAGGCUUCACUUUCUCCUUCCCCUGCAAGCAGACAGGGAUUGACACAGGCACGCUGGUGAGCUGGACCAAAGGCUUCAAGGCCACAGACUGUGAAGGACACGAUGUUGUUAGCAUGCUGAGGGAAGCCAUCAAGAGACGCAAUGAUUUUGACUUGGACAUAGUGUCAGUUGUCAACGAUGCAGUGGGGACCAUGAUGAGCUGUGCCUACGAAGACCCUCAGUGUGAAAUCGGACUGAUAGUUGGAACUGGCACUAAUGUGUGUUACAUGGAGGAGCUGAAGAACAUUGAGAAGGUUGAACAAGAGAAAGGAAAAGAGGAAAGAGAAGGAGAGGAGGAAAAGCAGGAUGACGGGGCAGAAAGACAGAAGAAGGAAGAGGAUGCUGGGAUACCAAAGAUGUGUAUAAACACAGAGUGGGGGGGUCUGGGUGACGAUGGCUCUCUGGAUGACAUUAUCACACAUUAUGACAUGGAGGUCGACCAAAACUCACUGAACCCUGGAAAACAAAGGUUUGAAAAGCUGAUCAGUGGGAUGUAUUUAGGUGAAGUUGUUCGACAGGUGUUAUUGGAUUUAACCAGCAGAGGUUUGCUGUUCAGAGGACAAGUCACAGAAACUUUAAAAACACCGGGAAUAUUCCAGACCAAAUACCUGUCACAAAUAGAGAGUGACCGCCUGGCUCUACUGCAGGUCAGAUCUGUGCUCCAGCAGCUCGGGCUUGACAGCACCUGUGACGACAGCAUCAUUGUCAAAGAGGUAUGUGGGGCAGUGUCACACCGAGCAGCUCAGCUGUGUGGGGCAGGACUGGCGGCGGUGGUCGAUAAGAUCAGAGAGAACCGAGGACUGGACCAUCUAGACAUCCCUGUAGGGGUGGCCGGGUCACUCUACAAACUACAUCCACAUUUCUCUGGAUUCCUACAAGAGACUGUCAAAAUGUUGGCUCUUCAGUGUAACGUGACCUUCCUGCCAUCAGAGGGAGGCAGUGGGACGGGUGCUGCCCUCACUGCAGCGGUGGCCAGAAAGACACUGGAGAUGUAAAAAGCAUUUGUUUCCGUGUUUCGUUUUCCCCCAAAAUGUGUUAUUCCAAAUUCCAUUAGUACUGCUGUUUUUGUAACUAGAUUGUUGUUCACUGGUAAGUCAGAGCUGCAGACAAGCAUCAUGCAUCGGCUCAGACAAAAGUUUAGUUUAACGUGAGUCAAAAUAAAGCAGCCUCACCUGAAGGGACCAACAACAAUAAAAACAGCCAUUUGUGCUGCUCAUUGUUUUAUUUAUGUAUUUUCUUUGCUUGAUUUAUGUUGCCUACUCUUUUUAAUUGUUAGCUGUUUGUUUACUUUUGUUGUUUUAAUAAAUUUAGUAUUUCUAUAUAAUGCGUAUUAAGGUGAGUUUCCUUAUAAGCCACCAUGAUUUGUUUUAUUUUUGUCUCUUGCACUACCUGCUCCUUUUAUUUAGUUUUCAAUGUGUUUGUUGUGUUAUUGUUUUUUCUUCUGCAAUAAAGGAAUAGAUUUUCUG